UAGCAGUUGUCAACUGGAGUAGGGCCAAUGAAACUUCAGCAGUAAGCUGUGAGGUCCCUAUGACAAAAGAGCUGCUGACUUAUCUCUCUGAGACACAAGGUAUGAUAAAUUUGCAUCCUCAAUAAUAUCAUAUCGCAUAUGUAAUACAAAUAUGGAGGUCAGAAGUAUCUUUUAUAAUGCAGCUAAAGUAAUUCUUUUUUCAGGGUUCCAUGUUGCAGAGGUGGCAUAUGACUUUGUAUUACAGCUAAAAACAUGGAUCUUGUCAAAAGGAAUGCUUAAUUCCUUUGACUCUUGGCAUGUCUGUGACUAAAGCAAUGAAGGAAGUUGCCUCAGGGGCCCAGAGGGAUGAGGGCUCAAAGUGGUUUUUUGAAUUGUUAGACAAAGUGAAAAGUACAAGGACUCUUGUAUACUUCUGCAUGAAGAACAGUCCACCCAAUGAAGAAGAAUUUCAGGGUACACUGUUGAAUGUAGUUGACCAUUACCAGGGAAAUCAUGUCAGAUGCCAUGCGGAGUCACGGUGCAAGCAGAAUGGCUAUGUGAUGAGCAAAAAACUUUUAACUAAACCUGAAGUAGUAGCUGCACGCAGGGAAGCCAUUAUGGGCACUUCAAUUUAUGGGCAUGCAUCGGACUACAUGCGGUGCAGGGAAACAUAUUGGAUUGAGUCUCUCCAUUCAGUGAUGCUCAUUUAUGCUGCAAAGCGGAUUCAUUAUGGGGAUGACACAUACAACAUGUGCAUGGAGUUAGCCAUUCUUGAUUGGAAUGAAAAUGUGAAUCGAGAAGCAUCGUCUCUACAGAUGUACCAACAUACCAGGCAUCCAAACCGCUUGGCAGAGACCAGGGUGCUUACUUCAAAGACAUUUAAUUUCAGAGAAACUAUCUAGUCUACCUUUUUUAAUAUAAACAAAUGAUGUCUCUUCUGUUUUCCAUUGCACCACAGUUUCUGUGAUAAUUACAACUAGGAGCCCAAAUGUUCAGUAUUAAUAUGUGAGGUCAUUAGGGAGGACCAAUUCUAACAACUGCUGGUACCAAGCAAUGAAAACAUGAAUAUUAGGUUUGACACAAGGUAUUUCCAAGCAGACUCAUUCUCUGUUUCCUCCUGUUACUUUUCUUUGCACUGUAUAUCUUUUCCUAACCUAUAGGAAAGUCACUAUAAUUUGCUGUGUGGACAUUGUAAAAUGGACCAUAAAAA